AUGCUGUCCCUGCACGGCUCCGCGUGUGCCGGUCCCUCUAGCGCCGGGGCUCUCAGCCCGGCCUUCCCUCCCCUUUAAACAGCGGCGAAAUGCCGGGCGUUAAUUUCGGUCAGGAAACAUCAUUUUCCCAAGAGAACCGCUUUCUUCCCGGGUGAAGAGGCACGAGAGGAGCUGCGCCCGCUGCCGCUGCGGGCACGGGGACAGUGACAGAGCCCAGGGGCCCAGCCAGCCCUGGCAUCCAAGAUGUCCUUGAAGGUGCAGACCAGCAACAUCACCAACAAGAAUGACCCCAAGUCCAUCAACUCGCGGGUGUUCAUCGGCAACCUGAACACGGCGGUGGUGAAGAAGUCGGAUGUGGAGACCAUCUUCUCCAAGUACGGCCGCGUGGUCGGCUGCUCCGUGCACAAGGGCUACGCCUUCGUGCAGUACUCCAACGAGCGGCACGCGCGCGCCGCCGUGCUGGGCGAGAACGGCCGCGUGCUGGCCGGCCAGAGCCUGGACAUCAACAUGGCCGGGGAGCCCAAACCCAACAGACCCAAAGGGCUGAAGAGAGCAGCCUCUGCCUUGUACAGUGGCUACGACUUCGACUAUGACUAUUACAGAGACGACUUCUACGACAGGAUUUUCGAGUACCGGGGCCGGGUGUCGCCGGUGCCGCGGGUGGUGCCCGUGAAGCGGCCGCGCGUCUCCAUCCCGCUGGUGCGGCGCGUCAAGGCCUCGCUGCCCGUCAAGCUGUUCGCCAGGUCGGCCAUCGCCAACAGCUCGGCCAAGAUCAAGUUGAAGAGCAGCGAGCUGCAGACAAUCAAAACGGAGCUGACACAGAUCAAAUCCAACAUCGACGCUCUCCUGGGCCGGCUGGAGCAGAUUGCUGAGGAGCAGAAGCUCUCUGCAGAGGCCCGCAAGAAGGUGGAGAGCAGCAAGAGCGAGGUGUCCCAGGAGGACACGGCCUCCGAGGCCGAGGCCACCGCGGAGGAGCCGCUCAACGGGGACGAGGGCGAGGAGGAAGGGCUGGCACGGGAGGAGUGUGAAGAUGAACUGGAGAACAGCCAUUACACAGACGUGGAGGAUGCCAGGCUACAGUAACCAGCUGUGAGCAACAGAGUGAGGAAAGCACGAGGCUGAACCCUGUCCUGGCACGUUGAGCAAGGCAAGCUGAAUGGAAGUGCUGCUGUCAUCUCUACCUGGCAUUCAAAGGAGAAACAUGGCCCGACAUCUUCCAUCCAUCUGUAAAGCAAAGGCAAAGAAAACUCAUCCUCCCAGCAGAUCCCCACCACCCCUGCCAUGGAUUUGGAGCUCUGCAGGCAGCAGAGGAGCUCUGCACAGCCCAGAGCCACCACAGAGAGCAGGAGUGUCCCCAGGCAGUGUUGUAGAGCUGCUUGCAGGAGGGCAGAGACAGCUCAGCCCAGCCCAAUAAAGACAUUUUCCUGUGUGAGGUGAGAGCCAGAGCAUUUCCUAACUGAGGGAAGAGCAGUGUCUCAGUCUGGACAGUUUGUGUUCUUGUGCUGAAGGUGCUGUUGAUCAGAGGCUGUGGUGAGAGCUGUCCUCCAGCUCAGCCACCUCCUGCCACUCUCUGUGCCCCAUGAGCUGCUGUGUGUCCACAGUCACCUCCCGGUGCAAAGGAGUCGCUGCUGGGGCAGCUGCUGUGCUCUGGGAAGCUGCUUGAGGAGGGAAGGGGAGAGGAAGCUGCAGGAAAUCAAGUGAUCCCAAGCAGGAGAGAGCAAGCAAACACCACCCUGAGUGCUUUGGUGUCCUCAUUCUCCACCGUGUCAGGGCUGAGCAACCCUCUGCAGAGUGAGGGGCGGGGAUGAGACCCUUUCCUUGGACCAGCUGCUCCUGGAAGGGAUGUGGAGCACCCAACUCCUACAGCCUGGAGCCAGUGACCCUCCCUGGCUGCCCACACCUCCUCCUGCUGCAGUCAGGGCACAUCAGGAGCGUGCUGUGACCCCUCUGCUCCUGCCUGAGCUCCAUAGUGACAGCGUGCCCGAGGCUGGGUCAGGGAAUGAAUGCCCUGGGCACUGUGGCUGUGCCUGUGCAGCACCUCCCCUGCUCCCAGCUCCCAGCUGCUGCUGUGCCCUGCCCCGUGCUGGGAGCAGAGGGCUCCUCCUGGGACCCCAGAGGCCUCAGCCAUUCUCUCCUCCUUUGUCCUUCCUGAGCUCCCGUUUUUCUUUCCUCUUUGUCCUUCCUGGGCUCCUCCCGUUUUCCCGGGGGCUGAACCUCACACAGCACUUUACCCCUCACACCUGGUGUGUCCUGCCUGCCCCUUCCCCUCCAGAUCCCCCACACACAGCAGUGCUUGGAACCCAGAGCAGAGUCCACACCUUCCCCCUGGCCAGUCACAACACCUGGGGGGUCCUGAGUGCUCCGACCUCAUCCACAGCAUCUCUUGGAAGGGUGAAGGGGAAGCAGCUCCAGGAGUGACACUGCCCUGCCCCUGGGGCCAUCCUGGAGCACGCAUGGCUCUUGAAGCACAAAGUUUUCUUUGCAUUUCUUCGUUUGGGCUGCUUGAGGAGGGGUUGGAGGGAGCCCCGUGCUUGCCCUGCCCUGGCCCAGUUCCUGUGCAAGGUCUGCACUGAGUUGUCCUGAGCUGUUCUCCAGGCCUGGAGAGAUGAGCUGCAGGUUUGGCUGUGAACUGACUGUGCUGCUGCUGUUUGGGAGAGGUGACCUUGUACAUACAAUCCUGUAUAAUAAAAAAAAGAAAUCUAA